UCCCCACCGCCUCGCCGCCUCCCCCUCGGGGCUGAAGCGGCCGCCCAAACCCAGCCCCGGGAGCGACGAUGAGGGGCAUCCCGGGCUUGAAGAGGCUGCGGAAUAAAAUCUGGUGGCGAUGCACCCUGCUGCUCCUCCUCCUCUGGGCUGCCUGCUGGGUGGUGGUGAGCGCCCUGCUAUUCCUCCUCCACAGGAGCGUCUUCUCCGAGCGCUGCACGGACGAGAAAAGCCACCGAAUCCUGGCGAGGCUGUGCCUUGACUACAGCAGUGGAGCCCUGACUGGUGACCUCUGUGAAGACCUGUGUGUGGCACAGAAGCUGGUGUACAAACACUGCCUUUACUAUGACCGAGGCAAGAAAGUCAUCCAGGCUGAUUGGAGAGGCCAGCCCAUCAUCCUGAAAUCCAAAAAGGAAAUCUUCUCCAGCUACCAGCAUCUCAGUAUGCUGGAAGAAGUGGAAACACAGGAUAUUACUGAAACAGAACUUCUGCUGAUGGUAGCCUUGGAGGUAAAAAAUGUCCUGGGGCUAGAGCUGUCUAACAGUACUGUGGGGCCCCUCUGGACAAGGAAAAAGGGACCGCUUUGGAAAGCUCAAGUGGCCAGCAUGUGGUCCUUGCUCCAGCAGGAAGAAUAUAUCUACUUCAGUUUGCUGCAGGACUUCAGCAAACACAUGCUACGAAUUAUUGGCUCUUGUGGACACUUUUAUGCUGUGGAGUAUCUCACAGCUGGACAUGCCUGGCACAAAACUCUUUUUCCUUUGGAAAAUGUGGUUGGUCCCUCCCUUGCUGGCCACAGAAGCAGGGUGAGAGCCAUCACUGACAUUGCACUCAGCUUUCUGGACAUGGUGCAGCAUUUUGAUAAUGAUUUCUCUCACCGACUUCACCUGUGUGACAUCAAACCAGAAAACUUUGCUAUCAGGCACGAUCUCACAGUGGUGGCUAUUGAUGUAGACAUGGCCUUUUUUGAACCCAAAAUGAGAGACAUCCUUGAACAAAACUGCACAGGAGACGAAGACUGUAAUUUUUUUGAUUGCUUUUCAAAAUGCAAUCUGAAAAUCCGAAAAUGUGGAGCACAGAGAGCCAAUAACAACUUGCAAGUGAUUUGUGACAAAAUAUUCCGUCGCUGGUUUUCCCCAAAUCUCAGAGGACCGUCGGUGUCCCUCCCCCUGCAGCUGCAGCUGCACAGGGCGGUGCAGGAAUGUGCCAAGCCGGGGCAUGGGGACACCGCCGGGCACCAGAGGACUCCAAAAUCUCUCUCCAAGUUAUACCACCUGCUUCGGGUCACUCAGAGAGAACUGCAGAGGGCAGGGUAGACACAAAAAGCAGAACUACAGAGGCUUCCUCCCAGCCAUGGCUAAGGCACAUGGCAUAUGAGGCAGCCGGGUUUCUUUCUCUCUCUUUCACCCCUUCUGCCCAUUGCACUACAUUUACAGCACAGAGAUUGUUUUUCUCCUUUGCAAAUGAAAUUUGUGGCUGCAGGUGCAGCACAUCCUGUUAAUAUCCUUUCAAGUGUGAAAUUGUUUUACAUUACCUGGAUUCUGUUCUUGCUUAUUUUCCUGAGCUAGCACUC